AUGGCUCUCCUAUCCACUCUCAGCGACGUCUCAACAUGGACGUCACUCGUAUCUUGGAAGACGGCGCUGAUAGUCGCAUUCGCGCUACUCAACCGGAAAUCCCUGCCAUUUGCAUGGACAUAUAACGUCUUCUACCAAAUAUUCCGCAAUCUCCGUCGUGACCCCCUCAAGCUAAACUUCACCCCCAAAUUCGCCCCCGUUGACCUUCAUGGCCGCCCAACCCACCCGGUGUUUGCUGCGGCUUCAUUAAACAGCUACGUCUCCAUCAUGGAAACAGACUACAACAUCCACAAAUCCAACAGCACAUACUUUGCGGACAUGGACAUUUCGCGUACUGCUGCCGUUACACCUCUAUACACCCCCGGCGCCGGGAUCGUGAGCAAAGAACUCGACGAAGAAAUCGCCGCUGCGGCUAUUGCAGAGGGCAAACCCGCCCCAAAGAAGAAGCUGCCUAUGUUCAUUGCGUUGGGGGCCACGUAUUGCUCAUUCAAGAGGGAGAUCAAGCCUCUUCAGCGAUUUGAGUUAAGAUCGCACGUUGCGGCUUGGGAUGAGAAGUGGAUGUAUAUCGUUACCGUAUUUCUUAUCGCCGAUAAGAAAAAGGGCGCGAAAAAGGGGGACAAGACGGUGGCGGCGAUUGGGUUGAGUAAAUAUUGUAUUAAGAAGGGUCGCUUGACGGUUCCGAUCGAGAGGGUUUUUAGGGCUAGUGGAUUGUUACCACCGCGUCCUGACAACACCAGCCCAGCCAAUGGUCCUGCGGUGACGACAGCGACGAGCUCGGCGAUCGAUACACCGGGAACCCUGGACGGUUUGACGGAUACAACCCUCGACGAAAUCAAGCUUGUGCAAGAAGUCUCGAAGCUAGGGGAUCAGGCGCCGGAGAUCCUACAUAAGCAGCAACAGCAAAAUGCAGCGUCGUGGUCGAGCGAAGAAUGGACGUGGGAUCGCAUUGAGGAGCAGCGGAAGAAGGGAAUGGAGAUGGUGAAUGGGUAUAUUGCGUUGGAGAGUAACUUGUUUCGUGAUUGGACGAAUUAA